GAAACAAAACGAUAUAUGUAGAUAUGUUUGGGUUUUUAGCUGCAGAAAAUGUUCAUAGCUAUUCCUAAACUAUAGUUUCAGUAGUAAUAUAAAAAAUAUACCUACAUAAAAUCAGAAAAACCAAACUAACCUGAUGUGUGGCACAAAAAUAAAUGAAAUAAACAUGUUGGUGUUGAAGUCUUGCGUACAGGAUAAAUACCGCCAUUAUUUGGGUUAUUGGUAAUAUUUUUUAUGUAAACGUUAGUAUGUAUUUUGAUCCAAGUACCCCUGUUAAAAAGGCUGCUGCACCACAGCCCGUUGCCACACCAAAGCAAGCGGCAUCUCCAGUGCCACAAAAAACACAAACAAAUGUUGUACCACCAUUGGAACCACCACCAGAGAAUCCCUUCAGAGAAAGUUCCCUGACUCUUGAUACCUCCGAUCUUGUGGAUGAAAAUGGCAAAGUUAAAUUCAAGAAAAUCUUCAUGACCCGCAAGAAGGCUUCCGUUCGCACCAAGGAGAAGCGUAUUAGACAAAAUCGCCGCUUGCGUAAAACCAUCAUACCCAAGAAUGGUUUGAUGGCUCUCAAUGAAUUGAGGGGAGUCUCCAUCAGCGAGUUCACAGUUAGUAGCAAUCCUGGCGGUGGCUUUACCGCACUGGUAACUGUUAACAACAGCCAGUAUGAGGGACGUGGCAACUCAAAGGCAGCAUCUAAAAAUAAUGCCUGCGAAAAGGCUUUGCGAGAUUAUAUUAUUGCUAAAUUGCGCGAGAAUCCCCGUAAUCAAAAGGGAGGCGGCAACAGCAGCUGCAAUAAUUCGGUGUGCAAUGAACCCAUGGACACUAGCGAUGACAAUACACAGAACUCAAAUAAUGAAGAUGCUGACGAUGUGCCCAUGAUUAAUUUGGCUUCGUUUGCCAUCUACAAACUGUUCUCGGAUUGGGAAAGUGAGGGUUAUGUUAUACCGGAAAUGCAUCCAGUCAUGGGUGGUAAUGCAAGCGACAAUGAAGGAGCGUCCGCUGCCAAGGAGCCCAAGAAGGCACCCAUACGCAAUGAAUUGCCACCCAAUUGGGAGGCUAUGCAUCCAGCAUCGUUAUUGUGUGUGAUGCGUCCAGGUGUUACCUAUGUCGAUAAGGGUUCCAGUGGCGAGAAACCACAUGUCUUGCAAUCGUUGGGUGUCACCGUUGAUGAGCAGGAAUUCGUGGCCACAGGUCGCUCUAAGAAAUUGGCCCGCCGCAAUGUGGCCGCUUUAGCUUGUAAUACUUUGUUCAAUACCAAUUUUGAGCUGGACAUAACAGUUGAGUCUGCUGCACCCGCUAAGGAAGUGUAAAGCAACAACAGCUCCAGCAUUGCAGCAGUAGUUCUAGUAUUAUACAAACAAAAUUCAUUGUAUGACUUUAAAAAAAAAGAAAACAUUGGAGAAUUGGACAGUUUUUUUUUUAAUUCAAAUAUUACAUGAAACAAGACACAAUUUUAAAAUCUCCCCUCCCAACAAAAAAAAAACACAAAAACAACAUAACACGUGUAGUAGUAGACAUUAGUUUUACCCCCUUAGUCAUAAUUUAUAAAUGGUUUAUAAAACAAAAUUUACAUACAAAAUCUGUUUUAUAAACCUUUGAUAAAAACAAAAAUUAAUAAAAAAUCUA